AUGGCCCCGAACCUCGGCAAGGUCAAGGUCGUAUUGCUUGACAUCGAAGGCACUGUAUGCCCCAUCUCCUUUGUCAAGGAUGUUUUGUUCCCGUAUGCUAUCAAUGCCCUGCCGGCGACACUAGACAAGCAGUGGGAUAACCCUGACUUUGCUACCUACCGAAAUGCUUUUCCAGCAGAUUGCGUAUCUGACCGUUCCGUCUUCGAGGCUCACUUUCGUGACCUCGUUAGCCGCGACGUCAAAGUUUCCUACCUCAAAGCUCUCCAAGGCUAUCUUUGGAAAGAAGGCUACAGGUCGGGCGAAAUCAAGGCACCGCUCUUCGAGGAUGUUGCCGGAAGUCUUUCAACUUGGAAGGAAGCCGGGUUGCGCCUCGUCAUCUAUUCGUCUGGCUCCGUGCCGGCACAGAAACUUUUCUUUGCUCAUACGGACGCUCAGCCAUCGGACCUGACUCCUCUUAUCUCUGGCUGGUUUGACACUACUAACGCCGGCCUUAAAACGGAGUCCAGCAGCUACAUCACUAUCUUGUCCAACUUCCAGGACACCAAGGCUGAUGAGUGGCUUUUCCUCAGCGACAACCCUUUUGAGGUCACCGCUGCCAUUGCUGCCGGGAUGCAGAGCAUUCCCGUCGUCCGCCCAGGCAACGCACCUCUGCCGGUUGACCUGAACCCAGCCUUGCACCCGAUCAAGGAUUUCAACGAACUGGAGAGUCUCGGAUCAAAACAGUGA